GCCUUGAACGAAGAAGCAGCACCAUCGGCAAUAGUAACAAAUAAGCAGACAAGGGGAUUUGUAAAAUUACUAAUUUGUCCAUUCGGAGAAUAUCAACAAGUGUAUUCGAGAUUAGCAUUAAAUUUAAUCAGUGCAAAAAAAAAAAAAAUGUGUAGAAACGCUUUUGUAAUUGCUUUACUCAUAAUUGCUACCUGCCAAUUUUCAACGCUGCAUGCGGGUCACACGUCAGGACGGGGUGGUUAUUAUGGAGGCUAUCAACCAGCGCCACCACCUACCACAGAACCACCACAAACACCGAAAGAAUAUUUAGACAAAAACUCUAGUUAUUCUACUUUCGGUGUAAUCGCAAUAAUAUUCUUCAUUAUUAUGGCUUGUUUGAUAUUCUACUAUGGCAUACUAUGUUAUCCGUUUUUGUGUCGCGAGGAGAAAAAAUAUAGUUAUAUGGAUGCGUCAUCGACCAUAACUUCAGCCACAUCGCAUUCAAUACAAUCUAUAGAAAACUUUCCGGUCGAUCAAAAGCACUGAGGCAACCUCAACGUAGCGGGAGGUCGUCAUAUAACUAAGUAGUAUGUAAGAAACGCUGUUGCGAAAUCGUUUCCAAGAAUUUUAGGCAACUAAAAAGACUACAAAAUUUUUUCUACUCAGCAUUUAUGAAUUUAAUAAUUUUUACAACCAAAUGUGGUUAAGGUUUGGUAACAAAAAACUAAUUGACUUUAUGUAUGGUUACAUACAUAUUAAAUGAGUGUUUAAGUAAUACUGACAAGAAAGUACUGUAUUAACUCCAGUUAGAAUAAGAAUUCAAACUACCCUUUGUUUAAUCUGUUGAGAUUUUUUGUGGUACAUAAAUAAUUUACUGCCAGUUUGAAUAGUGCUGAAGUGCACGUAUACAGCAGCGUGAUUCCAUUUAAGUAUUUUUAAAAAUAGAAUAUUCUUGCCUUUUUAAAUUGAUGUUAAUAAGACAUUUCUAGGUUGUGUGUAACUCAGACGCGUACUUAAAAAUACUAAAACCAGAAACGAAAAAUUACUACAUAAUUUAUCUCUAUAUUUUUAAGAUGAUUUUCCAAAUAAUAAACCGAAUACCCUCAAAUAAAAAUUUAACAAUUUCCUGAAAACGGUUCUCGAAUUAUCACAAAAUCCUGUGCUCACAAGAUCAAAUAUUUUAAGCAUCCUAUAUCGGAGUAGC